AUGUCUGUCAUAUCCAUGAGAAGAAAAAGAAAAAAUGUAGAGGAACCUCUACCGACUGGUGGGGAUCCUCUUGCUAAAACAAUUUACAGACAAGAGACCAUUAAAAGAUGGAAACUUAAAAAACUUCAAAACAAAAGUUCAGUUAGUGUUGUUGAAGCGGUGCAGAUGGAAAUAAAUAAUUUCCAGGAUCCUGUUGUUAACGAAUUUGUCAAUGUUCAUGAUGAGUCAAAUUAUCAGAGACCUACAGAAACUAUUGUUAGUGAAGUUGUUGAUGUUGGUAGGGAAUUGAGUAGGCAUGCAACAUUAGAAAAAUGGAAAAUCAAGAAAAAGAAACAAUUGGAUACUCAACCUUAUGUUCCUAUGCUUCAAACGCAGGCAAGUGCAGUUACCCAACAUUCUAGACUUGAAAAUAUUAAUCCAUUUGUUGUGUCGAAUUUGUAUGACCAUCUUGCUGAAACAAUUAACAAAAGAUUAGAAGAAUACCCACGCAUGACUGAAUCAUUAGUCACAAAAAUUUUAAUAGUGCUACAACAAAAUCCAUAUGAAAAGUUUUUAAAGAGGCUCAAAGAUAUGCCUAAUUUAGAAACAUAUGAAAUAGUUUUGGAAACACUGCCUAAUGUUGAUCAAAGAGUUUUUAAUCAACCACAAGUAUCUCAAGUGGCUGCAUUAUGGGUUGAGGGAGAAGAUAAUGGAGAAUUAGGCACCAGGGAUAUAAUUGUUCAUUCACAUAGUGGCCAUUCACAUCAAAUAAGUUAUUACUUUGGUUUCUAUGACCCAUUGCAAUAUCCAAUCCCUUUUCCAUUGGGAGAGAAAAGAGUCCCAAUAAGGAACAUAAGCAGAAACAACUCUACUUUACCUGAGCAGUUUAUUUUGAGACCCGAUUUAGCAAACAAUUUCGAAGAAAUGCUUGAUAUGGAGCAUUCA